GUUAUCAUUUACAAAGCAAAAGACCACAAUGUUUUCUCGGUUGACAUUAAUCUUCUUUUUAUUUUUCCUUGUAAACCACUCCCAUCAUGUCUCAUCAAAGACAUGGUGUGUAUCAGAUCCAUCGGCAACCGAUGCACAAUUACAAGCUAACCUUGAUUGGCUAUGCGGUAGUGUAUUACCAGGUAGUUGUGUAUUAAUCAACCGUGGUGGACCUUGCUAUGAACCAAAUACUCUUACUAACCAUGCAUCAUAUAUAAUGAAUGAUUACUACCAGUUCAACGGGGGCACUCAAGAGGCUUGUGAUUUCAAUCAUUCUGGUCGAAUUGUUGAUACUAAUCCAAGUUAUGGUGGUUGUGUGUUUGCAUAGAAUACAUUGUUUGGUUCAGCGGCGGAUUCAGAAUUUUUUUUUG